AUGGAGCCCAACAAGAAACGACGUCUCUCAGGAGAGAAUCCUGCAACAGAGGCGGAUACCAUGGACGCAAAAUCUUCUGAGGCGUCAACCAAGCCCAGACGAACGCUGUUCGUUCGCUCCCUCCCAGCAUCGGUCACGACCGAACGCCUCACAGAAUAUUUUUCGCAAUCGUACGUACUCAAGCAUGCUACGGUAGUCAUCGACCCCCAGACAAAGCAAUCGAAAGGCUACGGUUUUGUCACAUUCGCCGAUCUCGAAGAUGCCCAGAGCGCACUCGAAGAGCUCAAUGGAUCCGAUUUCGACGGGAAGAAAAUUCGAGUCGACUUCGCCCAGCCACGUUCCCCAGGAGCGAGAAGGCCCCAAAGAUCAGCAACCCCCCCUAAGCUGAUUGUCCGCAAUUUGCCAUGGAGCAUCAAGGAACCAGAGGAUCUGGGUCUUCUUUUUCGCAGCUUUGGCAAGGUCAAAUAUGUCACUCUGCCCAAACGAGGAAACAAACUGGCCGGUUUUGGCUUUGUCGUUCUCAGAGGCAGGAAGAAUGCCGAGAAGGCACUUGCGGCAGUGAACGGAAAGGAAGUAGAUGGCCGUACACUGGCCGUUGAUUGGGCGGUCGAGAAGGAAGUUUGGGAGAAUAACCAAAAGGGCGAGGAAGAAAACGAGGAGGAAGAGAAGGAGAGGGAAGAGAAUGGAGAAGAAUCCGAAGAUGAGGAUAUGGAAGACGUUGAGCAAGAUGAUCUGGAUAAUACGUCAAGUGAAGGCUCGGAUGAAGAUGAAGAUGAGGAUGAGGAUGAGAACGAUGACGAUGAUCUGGACCUCGACGAUCUCGACGGUAGCAAGGAGAAUGAAGAGGAUGAGCGUAACGCCUCGACUAUUUUCUUGCGCAAUCUUCCUUUUACUUGCGACGACGCGACUCUUUACGAACAUUUCAAACAGUUUGGGCCUCUACGAUACGCGCGUGUCGUGCUUGACCCUGAAACUGAGCGUCCGCGAGGCACAGGAUUUGUGUGCUUCUGGAAGCCCGAGGAUGCAGCCACUUGUGUGCGCGGUGCACCCAGAAUUAACGAGCCUCCUGUUGCCGAUAAGGAUCGCAACCACCAGGCCUUGAAACACUCAGUUCUGCAGAACGAGAACGCAGACCCCAGCGGUAAAUAUACCCUGGACGGCCGUGUUCUCCAAGUCGCUCGCGCGGUGAAUAAGCGUGAGGCCACCAGGUUGGAAGAAGAGGGAGUCUCACGCCGGCUUGUGCGCGACAAGGAUAAGCGUCGUCUUUAUCUGCUGUCUGAGGGCACUAUUCCAUCGGAUUCCCCACUAUACAAGAAGCUCUCUCCAUCCGAAAUCAAGCUUCGCGAAGAGAGCUACAAGCAGCGACAGAACUUUAUCAAGAAGAACCCCGCGCUUCAUCUGAGUCUUACCCGCCUCUCUGUCCGCAAUCUCCCCCGUCACAUCACCUCCAAAGACUUGAAACAACUUGCUCGUGCAGGUGUCGUUGGGUUUGCCACUGAUGUGAAGAACGGAGUGCGCCAGCCACUCUCAAAAGAAGAGCGGGAGCGUUCGUCGGACGAUAUGAAGGAAUUGGAGCACCUGCGCAAGACGAAACGCCAGGGUAUCGUGCGACAAGCGAAGGUCGUUUUCGAAACUCGCGAGGGCACGAAGGUUCCUGAGAAGAGCGGUGGUGGCCGAAGCCGCGGUUAUGGAUUUAUCGAAUACUUCACUCAUCGCCAUGCUCUCAUGGGUCUGCGGUGGCUCAAUUGUCACGCCAUUGAUAUCCCUGCGAGCGCUCAAGCAGAGGGCGAAAAGGAGAAGAAGAAGCGACUUGUCGUGGAGUUUGCCAUUGAAAACGCGCAAGUCGUCAAACGCCGCAACGAGAUACAAGAAAGGAAACGCAACGCACCCAAGGAAGCGAAGGAGAAAGCGGAGAACGCCGGUUCUGAGGAUAAGGGUGGGAAGGGAUUGAAGAGGAAGCGCUCCCAGAGCCGAGGCAAGGACCAGGAUGGGAAGAAGGGAGAGACCGAAGAAGAGGAGGAGGAGAACAAGGUGGCCAAGCGCAAUCGCAUCAUUGCGCAAAAGCGCAUGAAGCGGAAGUCUCGUAAGGGCAAGGCGUGA